CAACAUAGCCAACUAAGGCCCCUCCAAUUUGUGCUACCAUGUCGAUACUGCCUAAAUUACGGUGUGUCACAGUUGAUGUUACCGGCACCCUAAUGGCUUACAAAGGGGAGCUUGGUGACUAUUACUGCAUGGCAGCCAAAGCUGCUGGCCGUCCAUGCCCGGACUACAAACGUAUGCAUGAGGGCUUUAAGCUUGCAUAUAAGGACAUGGCAAAGAAUUAUCCAUGUUUUGGGUUUGCAGCCAAAAUGCCAAACAUUGUAUGGUGGAAAACUUGUGUGCGAGAUUCAUAUGUCAGGGCUGGAUAUGAAUAUGAUGAGGAGACAUUUGAAAAGAUUUUCAGACGCAUCUAUGCAUCCUUUGGUUCAUCUGCUCCAUAUACGGUCUUUCCAGAUUCCAAACCAUUUAUUAGAUGGCUUCGUGGAAAGGGUCUCAAAGUUGGCAUUGUGAGUAAUGCUGAGUAUCGAUAUCAGGAUGUGAUUCUUCCAGCUUUAGGUUUAAAUGAGGGAUCCGAGUGGGACUUUGGCGUGUUUUCUGGCCUCAAAGGCGUUGAGAAGCCAGACCCAAAAAUUUACGAGAUUGAUCUUGAGAGGGAUGGAAAUAUUGCACCCGAAGAAGUUUUACACAUUGGUGAUAGCAUACGUAAAGACUAUGAACCAGCUAAGAGCAUAGGGAUGCAUGCACUAUUGUUGGAUAGAUUUAAGACACCAGAAGCUGCGGAGUGGAGGAAAUCCGGGGAAGUUGUUCUUCCCGGAGUGCACGCACAUAAAUACAAAUGUUGAUUCUCAUACCUGCAAUGGAUUGGUUUUUCUUUUGAAAUUCUGCUCUAUUAUCUAUACGUAAUACAAAGAAAAACCAUCAGUGAAUGUUGGAGCAGGUUGUGUUGCUGAUAUCUUGUAAGAUAUUUAUUCAACUAUGACUUCUUGAAGCUAAGGAACUCUGGAUCUAUGUAGCAUUGGUAUUUCAAAUUGAAGACGUGUCUAGUGUCUAACACGUGUCAACGUCCGACAUAAACACGACACUGACACAUGUGAUUAUAUUUAAUUAUUUUUAUUUCCUUCACUUAUAAUCGGUGUCCAUAUGGCCGUGUCAACGUCGUGUUUGAUUUUUGUGUAUGUCUCAGUGUUUCAUAGCUUUGGAUACAUGGAUUUAUUAAUCCAGGUCCUCAAACAUAUGACCUCAAACUUUUAAAGAUUACAUGCAAUGAUAUGUGUUGGAUACAGAACUUUCAUUCUA